CAUCAGGUAUUCACGUUAUUAUAUACAAAGGUGGUACAGAAAGAUGAGAUCCAGCAUACCUUCUGGGUCAAACCAUUUCAGCCCCUUCUCCCCAAUCCACAGGGCUGAUGCACUUGAAUUAAACAGGAUUAAAGGCUUAUCAGAGCUGGAAACCACACCCCAACUGCAGCCUUUAGCUCCAGACCUUCUGUCUGCCCGCUGAGGAGGACAAAGGAGGGAGGCAGCGGGACAGGGCAAUGCCACAGCCCUGCACACAGUCAAGAGAGCUUUUGUGUAGAAGCCAGCCGCCCUGCUGGAUACGCAUGAUGAGACAAUGGGCCCUGCUCGUGUUGACACUGCUCUGUGGCCUGGCUGGCCCCACACACCUGUUUCAGCCGAGGCUGGUGCUGGACAUGGCCAAGGUCCUCUUGGAUAACUACUGUUUCCCAGAGAAUCUGAUGGGGAUGCAGGAAGCCAUCGAGCAGGCCAUCAAGAGUCGUGAGAUUCUAGCCAUCUCAGACCCUCAGACUUUGGCCUAUGUGCUGACAGCUGGGGUGCAGAGCUCCUUGAACGACCCUCGCCUGGUCAUCUCCUAUGAGCCCAGCACACUUACAGCUCCCUGGAAAGCUGCAGAACUCACCGAUCUGACACAAGAGGAACUUUUUGCCCAGCUGCAGAAAGGCAUCCACCAUGAGGUUCUGGAAGGCAAUGUGGGCUACCUGCGUGUGGACAACAUCCCAGGCGAGGAGGUGCUGAGCAAGCUGGGGGGCUUCCUGGUGGCCCACAUCUGGCAGAAGCUCAUGGGCACCUCUGCCUUGGUGCUAGACCUCCGGCACUGCACUAGGGGCCAUGUUUCUGGCAUCCCCUAUGUCAUCUCCUACCUGCACCCAGGGAACACAGUCCUGCAUGUGGAUACCAUCUACAACCGCCCCUCCAAUACGACCACUGAGAUCUGGACCCUGCCCCAGGUUCUGGGAGGGAGGUAUAGUCCUGACAAGGAUGUGGUGGUCCUCACCAGCAGCCACACUGGGGGUGUGGCUGAGGACAUCACUUACAUCCUCAAACAGAUGCGCAGGGCCAUCGUGGUGGGUGAACGUACUGUGGGGGGUGCCCUGGACCUCCAGAAGCUGAGGAUAGGCCAGUCUGACUUCUUCCUCACUGUGCCCGUGUCCAGGUCCCUAGGCCCCCUGGGCUGGGGCGACCAGACAUGGGAGGGCAGUGGGGUGCUGCCCUGUGUGGGAACAACCGCAGAGCAGGCCCUAGAGCAAGCCCUGGCCAUCCUCACUCUGCGCCGUGCCCUGCCGGGAGUCAUCCAGUGCCUGCAGGAGGCCCUGCAGGACUACUACACACAGGUGGACUGUGUGCCCACCCUGCUGCACCACCUGGCCAGCAUGGACUUCUCCUUGGUGGUCUCUGAGGAGGAUCUCGUCACUAAGCUCAAUGCUGGUCUGCAGGCUGUGUCAGAGGACCCCAGGCUUGUGGUGAGGACUGUGAAGUCCAAAGAAACCUCCUCUGGGCCUGAGGCUGGCACCAAAGAUCCCCUGGAGGGGGCCCCAGCAGUGCCCAAGGACGAGAAUGCGCGGUGGGCCCUAGUGGACUCUGUGUUCCAGGUGUCAGUGCUGCCAGGCAAUGUGGGCUACCUGCGCUUUGACAGGUUUGUGGAUGCCUCUGUGCUGGGGGCACUGGCUCCAUACAUCCUGAAGCAGGUGUGGGAGCCCCUGCAGGACACAGAGCACCUCAUUAUGGACCUGCGCCAGAAUCCUGGGGGGCCAUCUAAUGCUGUGCCCCUGCUGCUGUCCUACUUCCAGGGCCCCGAUGCUGGCCCUGUGCACCUCUUCACCAUCUACGACCGCCGCAGCAACGUCACGCAGGAGUACUUCAGCCGCAGCGAGCUGCCAGGAGGGUGCUAUGGCACUCAGCGUGGGGUGUACCUGCUCGUCAGCCACCGCACUGCCACUGCUGCUGAGGAGCUGGCCUUCCUCAUGCAGUCGCUGGGCUGGGCCACGCUGGUGGGCGAGAUCACCGCAGGCAGCCUGCUGCACACCCUCACCGUGCCCCUGCUGGAGAUGCCUGGGGGCAGCCUGGCGCUCACAGUGCCCGUGCUCACCUUCAUUGACAACCAUGGGGAGGGCUGGCUGGGGGGUGGUGUGGUGCCCGACGCCAUUGUGCUGGCUGAGGAAGCCCUGGAUAGAGCCCAGGAAUUGUUGGAGUUCCACCGCAGCCUGGGUGCCCUGGUGGAGGGCACAGGGCGCCUACUAGAGGCCCACUAUGCACGGCCAGAAGUGGUCGGGCAGACCAGUGGCCUGCUGCGAGCCAAGCUGGCCCAGGGGGCCUACCGCACAGCUGUGGACCUGGAGUCCCUGGCCUCUCAGCUCACAGCCGACCUGCAGGAGAUGUCUGGGGACCACCGUCUGCUGGUGUUUCAUAGCCCUGGCGAGCUUGUGGCUGAGGAGUUAUACCCACCACCCCCAGCUGUCCCUUCUCCAGAGGAUAUCGCCUACCUCACUGAGUCCCUGUUCAAGACAGAGGUGCUGCCUGGUUGGCUGGGCUACCUGCGCUUCGAUGCCAUGGCCGAACUGGAGACAGUGAGGGCCCUCGGGCCACAGCUGACGCGGCUGGUGUGGCAGAGACUGGUGGGCACGGCUGCACUGGUGGUCGACCUGCGCUACAACCCCGGCAGCUACUCCUCUGCUGUGCCGCUGCUCUGUUCCUACUUCUUUGAGGCAGAGCCCCGCCAACAUCUCUACUCCAUCUUUGACAGGGCCACCUCAAGGGUCACAGAGGUGUGGACCCUGCCUCAGGUGGCCGGCCAGCGCUAUGGGCCCCACAAGGACCUCUACAUCCUAACGAGUCACACCAGUGGGUCAGCAGCUGAGGCUUUCGCUCACACAAUGCAGGACCUGCAGCGGGCCACAGUUAUCGGGGAGCCUACAGCUGGAGGGGCGCUUUCUGUGAGCAUCUACCAGGUGGGCAGUAGCCCCUUGUGUGCUUCCAUACCCACACAGAUGGCCCUGAGUGCCAGCACAGGUGAGGCCUGGGGCCUGGCUGGGGUGGAGCCUGACAUCACUGUGCCCAUGAGUGAGGCCCUUUCCACAGCCCAGGACAUAGUGGCCCUGCGUGCCAAGGUGCCCACUGUGCUGCAGACCACCGGGAAGCUGGUAGCUGAUAAUUAUGCCUCUCCUGAGCUGGGAGCCACGAUGGCUGCCAAACUGAGUCGUCUGCAGAGCCGCUAUUCAAGGGUGACCUCAGAAGGGGCCUUGGCCGAGAUGCUGGGGGCUGACCUACAGCUGCUGUCUGGGGACCCGCACCUGAAGACAGCCCAUAUCCCCGAGGAUGCCAAGGACCGCAUUCCUGGGAUCGUGCCCAUGCAGAUCCCUUCCCCUGAAGUCUUUGAAGACCUGAUCAAGUUUUCCUUCCACACUAAUGUGCUUGAGGACAACAUUGGCUACUUGAGGUUUGACAUGUUUGGAGACUGUGAGCUGCUCACCCAGGUCUCAGAGCUGCUGGUGGAGCACGUCUGGAAGAAGAUUGUGCACACAGAUGCCAUGAUUAUUGACAUGAGGUUCAACCUUGGGGGCCCCACCUCCUCCAUCUCCGCCCUGUGCUCCUACUUUUUUGAUGAAGGGCCUCCAAUUCUGCUGGACAAAAUCUACAGCCGGCCCAAUGACUCUGUCAGUGAGCUCUGGACCCACACCCAGCUUGCUGGUGAACGUUAUGGCUCCAAGAAGAGCGUGGUUAUUCUGACCAGUGGCUUGACAGCUGGUGCUGCAGAGGAAUUUACUUAUAUCAUGAAGAAGCUGGGCCGGGCACAGGUCAUCGGGGAGGUGACCAGUGGGGGCUGCCACCCACCACAAACCUACCAUGUGGAUGAUACCCACCUUUACAUCACCAUCCCCACGGCCCGCUCAGUGGUGGCUGCAGAUGGCAGCCCCUGGGAAGGGGUGGGUGUGGUGCCCAAUGUGGCUGUUCCUGCUGAAGCAGCCCUCACUAGAGCCAAGGAGAUGCUCCAGCCCACUCUGCCGAGGGCAAGGCAAAGUCCAAGCCUGCAGGGCUGCUGGGAGGGCCCCUGUGGGCAUAGUCCCAUGGUGGGUGGGACCUCAGGUGUGCAUGCCACAGGCACUCUAGCACAUGGUCCUGCCUGAGACCCUGAGUGGGCUGCAAACAGGCCUGCUUAGCUCUGGUUAGAGUUGGAGGUACUCUUGGAGCUCAUCCACCCAGUCUUUUCUCUCUUUUUGCACACAUAGGGACAGGAAACUCACCCCUUCAAAGGAAACCCCUCCAGAGUAGUUAUUUUGGGGAAGUGAAGUCCAGAUACCCAAGCCAUGCUUCUUAUUCACCAAUCCCUGGUCCUAUUGCUGUCAACCAGAGCAGCUCCAACCAAUAAAGCUAUGAGUCACAGAUGUCCAGCACAUGUGUCACUUCACAUUUCUAGUAGCCACCAUUUUAAAAAGAAGAAACAGCUGAAUUUAAUUUUAAUAGUAUAUUUUAAUAAUAUAAUUUAUUUAUCCUACCAUACAGUAGUAUCACUUCAGCAUGUACUUAAUAUAAAAAUGAUAAUGAAUGAGAUGUUUGUGUACAGGGUCUUAGAAGUCGGGUAUGCAGUCUGCUCCCUGCACCUGCUCUUCCCUGUUCGAGCACCUCUUCCACCCUGCCCUGGGAUCAUUUCUGUCCCUACCAUGCUGGGCAGCCCUCAGCGGCAGGAGCCAUCCUACUCAUUCUCGUCCCCUCCUGCCUGCCACCUAGGUGGUACCUGUUGCAGGCAGUGUUAAUACAACGGACACACGUCAAUAUCGGGCACCAAGAAAACAAUAUCUAUGUUUUCCUCCAGGUGGCAGCCACCAGACACUUGGAGACAGGUUGAGGCUCACUUAGAAUCCUCUUUUUCCAGCCCCAGUCCAAUUCUACCCAAUGAGCCUGUCUUUUUGUCACAUGUUCCUUCCAUGGCAUAUUCUCCAGCUUCUACCAGGGAUCCAAAGUGAGCUCUGAUGCUGUGCAGCAUCCAGUGGAACAUGGUCCUGGUGGUGGUCUGGACUCCUGCCCUGACCAUCCAAGUGCAGGCUGUUACUGUGCUGGCUCUGGGGACCAAGCUGAGUCCUAACGGGGCAACAAGCUGGCAGCGCACAGACCCUGAGACCUCCUCUAGAGCCAAGAAAGUGGGGAGCCCAGGGGUAGCCUGGGAAAGAAGAACCCAGCUGGUGCCCUGGAAGUGCAACCAUGCUCUGCUGGAGGCACCAGGGACCCAAAAGUGAGAGACCUCUAGGGUCCCACCAAAAGUUAUGUUGGGGGUGAGGCUGGAAGGCCAGGGUACCCCAGCCCCCACUCAGCACUCCCAGAGCUCCUGGCUCCAAGGGUCUGAGUGAGGAUGAAUGCUGGGGCUGCCUGGCCUUGCCAUCUGGUGAGCAUAGGUGCAGCUUCCACAGGUGACCUCCCCCGGGCAUGGACUGACUGCACCAGCCCUGUCCGCAGCACCCAGAGUGCUGUGGCAUCUGAGCACAUCAGCGGGCCACCACCAAUACCUAGGGGUUUCUGCACUAGAAAACCUUGAACCAACCCUGUCUAAACAGGAAAGCCCUGAUGGCAGGCAACAUUUCACUCCAGGCCUUUUGCCUUCUGCUAAAUUCAGGUAAGACUAAGCGCAUGACCACAUUUAGUAGUAUUGUGUACCGUGUGACCCCACCUUUUUCUUUAAUUUUCUUUUUAUUAAUGUUCAGGCAGCUAUGUGACCCUCCCUAUAUGUUUACAUUCUAGGGCUCCUCCCUCCUCCCUGCUCCCUCGUCUCUCACACACACAAACACACACAUAUAUGGCUAACUGAUGAUCACCUAAAUCAAACAAUGGUUCCUUCUAGGUGGUAGAAUCAGGGGUGAUGCUUUAACUUUCUUCUUAUAUUUUCCUCUUUUUCUUAAAUCUUUAUAACAAGCAUAUAUCAUUAUUUUUAAACACAGCAGUCAUUAUUCCAAAAAUAAAAUAAGAUAAAA